ACCUUGCCCAGAUGGGCAAUUAUCAUUUCAUGCAAAAAAAAAAAAUCGCCUCUGCUAUUUGAAAUGGUCGUGAACUAUCGCAAAUACUCACCUACAAGAAGACAUUUCUGUGGCGGCAGAUCGGUAUUAAAAAGCAGCGAGGCUUGCGGCAUCUUCCGUAUGGCGCUAAACCUGUGCUGAACAAUUUUGCCAGAAGAGGAAAUGGGGAUGCACUGGCCCGCUAAUCGCCCUAUUCCGCCCCUGGCAAAGACCAGUGGAGAUGCUUCAGUAACCAGACCGCGGUGGUGACAUCAAUGGCGCACACCUACCCUGUGAGACUGGAAUUACCAAAAAGGGAAAUGGAAGAGAAGCUUAGGAUCGACGAUAGGUUGUAAUGUGGGGAGCUGUGUGAUGCGAAAUAGGGUUUGCUCAUGGUGUUGAGAUUUGAAAUCCGACAUUUGAGAUAGGCUUCUGUAAAAUUCGGGAAAGGCAUAUAUAGAUGAUAUGGAUUCUCAGGAAGUUGAGAUAUUCCAUCACAGCAUCACUUCGCAGCAUCAACAAGCAAAAGCAGUUAAAACAAGCACUACUAGCAACAUCACUUUGCAACUCUCUCAGAGCUAAUACAACUCAUCCGCCAUUCACCAUGAGCAACAAUGUUCGAUCCCAAGAUCUCCCUCUUUCCGGCGUUGCCCGAGAUGGCUGGUCAACCGAGACCGAAGCCACAGCCACCUGCUUCUGCGGUGCUGUGCAAGUGGUAGUUCCCAUUGUGGCUCCAGGCCUGGUCAAUACCUUUGUCUGCAACUGCUUCGACUGCCGCAAAGUCACCGCAUCCAUGUUCGCCUCCAACUUUACCAUCGACAACUCUUACCUCAAGUACAUUCGUGGCGAGGACAAUAUCACUCGCUGGGGCCAGAGCAAGACACCUGCUUCUGGAACCGAAAUGACCAACGGCUUUUGCAAGACAUGCGGCACGCUCAUGUAUCGCAGGAGCGAACUCUUCCCGAACAAAAGCUACAUGAGAAUCGGCACCGUGGACGAUUUCAACCUGCACGAAACCAAGCUCAAGCCUCAGGCCGAGAUCUUCACUGAUAGCCGUGUGAAUUGGUGGCAUGGAGUGGAGGGAGCCAAGGCCAUGCCAGGUCCUUUCAAGACAGCCUCCAUGUGACUACGUGAGAGGAAGACGAGACUGUAAACGGGCAUUAGACAAUAGAUGUACUAUACGAUAGAGGUGUUUGCGGGAGUGUUCUAGACUGAUG